GAGCCUCCCGCCACAGGUCAGCGCGAGCAAGAGAGUCCAGUUCGGAGGAGAGGAUGUGGGUAUGCUGACAUCUGCACGCCAGCGGUUUAACUGGAAGACGACCGCAGGCAGGGUGGCAGAAAAAACGGCCUCAGCGACUUGGAAGAAACAACGAGACAUGUAACCUUUCUGAGAAGAUGGUUGUGUCCUUACGGACACCCUAAAGCUCAGCCCGUCACAGGGCCUCUGUGGUGCUUGCCGUCAUGAGGGGUCGCUGCUCCCGAAAGCUGGGCUUGCUGGCCAAGGCCGGCUUCCUGCUGUGGCUGCUGUGGCUGGGGUAUCUGUUGUUGGAACGAGUUUCUUUCCCAAUGUCUUCCUCCACAGACGAAGAUGAGGAGGAGAGCAAUCUCCAGGCCAGGCAGCUGGCUAUAGAAGAGAGUGGAAUCGACGGGCUGCUGGCCAAGCCCGUUGUCAUUAAGCCGCUGGCAGACGACAAUGCACCCGGGGAGUGGGGUCGGGCCACUCACCUCAACCUCAGCCCUGAGGAGAAGAAGCACGAGGAGGAGACUGUUGAGCGCUACGCCAUCAAUAUCUACGUCAGUGAUAAGAUCUCCCUCCAUCGGCACAUCAAGGACCACAGAAUGAAUGAAUGCCGGACUAAGAGGUUUAACUACCGACAUUUACCUACGACCUCUGUGAUCAUAGCCUUCUACAAUGAGGCCUGGUCCACUCUGCUGAGGACAAUUCACAGCGUGCUGGAGUCCACACCUGCCAUCCUGUUGAAGGAGAUCAUCCUAAUUGAUGACUUCAGUGACCGAGCCUACCUGAAAUCCCAGUUAGCGGAAUACAUCAGUAAUCUGGAACGCGUGCGGCUCAUUCGCACAAACAAAAGGGAAGGGCUGGUACGGGCACGUCUCAUUGGCGCCACCUAUGCUACGGGAGAUGUUCUGACAUUUCUUGAUUGCCACUGUGAGUGUGUCCCGGGCUGGAUCGAGCCUCUGCUGGAAAGGAUUGCUGAGAACGCCAGCACCAUAGUGUGUCCUGUGAUUGACACCAUUGACUGGAACACCUUUGAGUUUUACAUGCAGACAGACGAGCCGAUGAUAGGAGGUUUUGACUGGAGACUCACCUUUCAGUGGCACUCUGUUCCUGAAGCGGAACGGGAGAGGCGAAAGUCUCGUAUUGAGCCCAUCAGAUCACCAACUAUGGCUGGUGGAUUAUUUGCUGUGAGCAAAGCCUUUUUUGAAUACCUUGGCACUUAUGACAUGGGCAUGGAGGUGUGGGGAGGAGAAAACCUGGAACUCUCUUUCAGGGUGUGGCAGUGUGGAGGCAGUCUGGAGAUCCAUCCCUGCUCCCAUGUUGGCCAUGUGUUCCCUAAAAAGGCCCCAUACGCACGGCCCAACUUCCUCCAGAAUACCGUACGGGCCGCAGAGGUUUGGAUGGGCUCCUAUAAGCAGCACUUCUACAACAGGAACCCUCCGGCACGAAAGGAGAACUAUGGGGACAUUUCACAGAGGGUGGAGCUGAGGGACAAGCUGAAGUGCAAAAGUUUUGAAUGGUACUUGAGGAACAUCUACCCAGACCUACACGUCCCUGAGGACAGGGAAGGCUGGCAUGGGGCUGUCCGCAGCCUGGGGUUACAAUCAGAGUGCCUUGAUUACAAUGCUCCAGAUCACAAUCCCACUGGAGCCCAGCUUUCUCUGUUCGGCUGCCAUGGCCAGGGAGGCAACCAGUAUUUUGAAUACACUUCCCAGAGGGAGAUCCGUUUCAACUCUGUGACGGAGCUGUGUGCUGAAGUACUUGAAGGACCAACCUCCAUCAGAAUGAGGCACUGUCCUCGGGAUGGGGAAGCAAAGCCUCCUAGCAUCAUAUGGGAGUUCAAACAGGAUGGGACCAUCUACCACCCUCACUCGAACAUGUGCGUGACAGCGUACCGCACAACAGAGGGACGCACAGACGCACAAAUGAGGCAAUGCAACCUGGCCGACAGGAACCAGCUGUGGAAGUUUGAGUGGUAGAAAGAUGAAUAACUGUAGCAGGAAAACUCAAGUGACCUUCUGUGACCUUUGUGCAAUUACUACACUGGAGGGCUUUUCCAUUACCACCAAUUUCCUCACUCCCAGAGUUUGCAUUGGAUCGAAUCGGUAAUAGCAAACAGAAAGGUCUUGAAAAUGUCACUUUAAGUCAGUGAUUUGCUCCAUUGAUUGCCUGGAUGAGUGCAGAGUUGAGAGAAUUGCAAUUUUAUCUGAACCUUUUCUUUAAACCAGCUGGUUUCAUCCAAGUGCCUGCGGAACAAGAAUGGAGGGCAUUACAUACCUGGGAUCUCAUGCAACAGCUUGUAAGGAGUGAAACUGAUCUGACUGCCCUGCACAUGAAUCAAGAAGAUUAAGGAAAUUAAUUCUUGAAUUAGCUACAUAGUCAAACUUACUACAAAGUUUUACGUGCAAUCUAUUUCAUUAUUUCUUGUGAAACUCUUUUGCUUGUGUAUGCAGUUGUCCAGUGAUGUAAAAUGUAAGAAUGUUGGCUGCUAAACGAAGCGCUCAGAAUGUAAGGUCACCAGCAUUUUGCACUGCACCAGCGAUUUCCUGACAUGCCCCAUCAUGUGAGAGGAACAGGGAGAAAGAAGCAGGGAGCGUGCUGUUGUCGUACUACACUUGCCUCUCAACUCUAUCUCCUACCUGUGGUGCCAGUUUUUCGGCAGAGUUCUGCCUGAACAAGACUUGAAGAAUUGAUUAGGCUCCUGAACUGAAGUGCGUUUUGCCCCAGAGAGCUUAGCGAUUUGACGGGACUGUUGUAAUCUGUUCUUACCUGCUGCGUAUUUCUAAGAGUGCCCUUUCAAACCACCUGUCACUCUGCCUGUGGAAAACCCGUCAUCCUAAAAUACCAGCAGGUGCCAAAAUGCAAAUUGCCAGCUUGUGUUGAAUUUAUUUUGGAGGAUUUUCAAUGGAAAAGAAAAACUGAAGUAAGCAUUACUGUAUUUAGUUUUGUCCCAAAAAAAGCCUUAAAUUGGAGCACCUGUACGUGCCUUGUUUUCUGAGAAUCCUGUGUUUCAACUGUACUUUAAAAUCCAUCCAAACGACUCCAACCUAAAAUGAAAUGUUCCAGGUUUUGUUGGGAUUUAAGCACCCUAAGAUACAGUGCAACUGCUGUUGAGACUGCAAGCCAGUUGCAGUUUAAGUCUGUAGCUUUGCAUGCGUGAAUAUGAGAUAUUCACUGCAUACAGUUGAAAACAUUUAACAUGGCUUCUGUGUUGUGUUACCUUUGCAAAUAACUUUUGUUUUAAGGGACCAAAGGGGGCAGCGCUAACGUAAAGCUCUGAAACUACUGAAAAUGUAAAAGGGAAGUGGUUCACUUUUAAUAGAUGGGUAAUUAAAGGGAAAGGGAUUGAAAUGAUUGAUUUUACUGGGAUUAAUAAAUAAACUCUAACCAGAAAUACUA